UUGCAUCUGUCACGAACGCUUUUUAAUUUUUUAGAUAUAAAAAAUGGAAAAGCGUUUUUUAAAAGGUUUAUUGGUCUUAAUAAACUCUUUUUGAUAGUUUAUUAAUCUACGACUUUUUUUUAGAGUGAGGGUAGUCUUAAUAUCGUUACUUUUGCCUUUAUGUAGGUGAUUAUCAUGUAUUGUCGGACAUAUUUCAAAAGUAUACAAGUCAAUUAGUAAUUCAUCAUGAAGAUCCGAAUAUUGUUAAAAAUCAUGAUCGUCUCAGUGGUAAACUAUAUUGUAUAAUAGAAGUACCAACAAUGUCAUUAAUUGAAGUUUUAGAAAUAUUACAUAAACAUUACUUUUCAAUCGUGGCUAAUUCAACUAAUUUUGGUCCAAAAACAAAAUUACAAGAAUUCAUUUUAUUACGUAAUAAAGAAUCCCACGAUCGAGGAUUACCAACUAUUGACGCUGCAAAACACUAG